AUGGCAAAGAAUGUUCGAAAGCACAUGGAUGUCAAGGCGACCCUGUACGUGAACGAUGUCAACGUGGAUGCAUGCCAUCGGUUCAAGGAAGAAUUCUCCCCCCUGGGUCCCGUCGAGAUUGUUCAGUCGGCCAAGGACAUCGCAGACAAUGCCUUGACGAUUCUGUCUAUUGUGCCCACUGGAAAACAUGUCAAGGAUGUGUAUUUGAACGAAUCUACGGGCAUUGCUGCUGCUCGCCGUAUUGAUCCAGCGCGUGACUCGCGUCGGUUGUACUUGGAAUGCAGCACUAUUGAUAUACUCACUGCCCAGGAGGUGGGAAGUGAGCUGGAGAGAUGCGGCUUGGGCACGUACAUUGACUGUCCCGUGUCCGGAGGCGUGCCAGCUGCAGAUCAGGGACAGUUGUCUCUGCUCCUGGGUCGAUCACCGCCGACUCCAGGAGAUGUUGAACACGAACAACUCGAGCGACGCAUUCAAAAGGUGUGCGAAUACAUCGGGGCAGUCGACAAAAUCUUCUACUGUGGCCAACGCGGCAAUGGUCUUGCAGCCAAGAUCUGUAACAACUACCUCUCCUGUACGAUAUUACUGGCCAACUGCGAGGCCAUGGCGACAGGUAUGAAACUGGGCCUGGACAAGCAUGUCCUCCACAAGAUCAUACAUAGCAGUACAGGGCAGAACUUCAUGGCCGAUCAUGUUUGUCCCAUUCCGGGAGUGGUGCCUCACGCGCCCAGCAGCAACGACUAUCGGCUGGGGUUCAAGGCACAAAUGCUGGUGAAAGAUGUCGGAUUGGGCGUUGAUGCUGCGAAGAGUGUCAAUAUCAAGCCCAGUAUCGGUGAGGCUGCGAUGCAAGUGUAUGACAAGGUCGCCAUAGACGAGGGCUGUAUCGACAAGGACGCGUCAAUAGUCUACAAGUUCAUCGGCGGUCCGACGGAGUAA